GUACUGUUAUCGACUGGACCAUAUGCCGGCGCCAUCCAAAAACAUUGUUUAUAAGUAAUUGCCAGGAAUUAUACUAGAAAUGGACAGGGACUUGCAAAAGCAUCUGUACGGCGUUCCGCGCGAGUCGUCUCCGGGCCCUCGGAUUUAUGCCCUGUCGCCGAAUGCGGCGGAUAGCACGCCCAAGUCCUUUUUUGGCGGCAACGCCAGCAGCGCCCAACUGCACGGAAGCCUCAAGAAGACUGCACUGAAUAACAGCCGGCUGUGCCUGUCGGUGCGCUCGACGCAGUCCAUUCCGGGCAUACGCUCCGACUACAAUGUGGUGGAGAGCUUUGGAUGCCCGUUGCCAGUGGCGGUGAACGAGGCCCUGACCUUCCCCGGCUCCGGAGCCGCAACAAUCACUGCAAAAGUGGCCCAGAAUGGUUGGGCUUGGGUUGUCCAAAGCCGGCGUCUCUUAAUCUGGCAGUACAAAGACCCCACCAAGUCCAACUCGCCACCCCGAGCUGGCCUGACGCCAAGGCGGACUGGGGGCCUGGCCCAGAGCCGCGAGUUGACCCUGCCCUACAGCGACCUGGGACACAAGAGUGAGCUUAUAAGCGUGUUCCACACUGCUGGCCAGCAAAUGGCGUCCUGCAUAUCCGUUUCCGCCACCGGAGACGUGCGCUACUGGUCAUCUAUCGCCCAUGACGGGAACUCUGUCGACCUCUCAAUUUUGACCGGCCAAGAGUUUGUCCAGUUGCUUAAUCUGCCCAACCAGAAUGGCUACCUGGCCGUGACCUCUACAUGCAAUCUGGUGUUCCUCAAGGUGGGUCUCACAAAUGGACGCUACACGCUUCAUCACAAAAUCAUCAAGCCGGCCACCAGCUUCCUGGGUGGCUUUGGAAAGAAGUUUGCCUCCAUUCUGAUUGGCAUGAACCCGGGAGGCGACAAGGAUCAGAGUCUGGUGGGCAUGUGCCUCGAGAGCAAUUCCGAAAACGGGGAAACUGUUUUAGCCCUGCUGUCGGAUCGCGCCGUCCAGCGAUGGUGUCUUUCCAACAAGGGAAAUGCCGAGCAGCUGAUCUACGAAGACGCCGAAGUGGUACGCCGAAUUCGCGAGGAGUUCAAGACCAAGUUCUGGAAUGUCCGUCUGCCAGCGGACAAUGUGGAGAUCGAGCUGCAUCUGCUUGAUUUCCAAAUGGUCAAGAGAAAGGGCUACAUUCUAGCCGGAGCUGUGAACACUGCCCAUGCUCCACAAAUGUGUUAUGCUCUCGUGACUGUCAGUGCCCAGGCUGAGAAUAUGUUUCUGGAGUCAUUCACGCCGCUAAAAAUCAACAAGUUCUUUAGCCCCAAGACCGAGGAGGACUGCCUCAGCCUGCGCUUUGUGGUCGCUAGCAGUCACAUCUAUCUGUACACGCCGAAGGUGGUAUACCCGCUGCACUUGUCCGAUGAUGGUGGACCUUCGGCGGAACUGGAGGCGGAGAAGAUUGAGUUCCACAUGCACGACGACCGCAUUUUAAGUGCAGCCAUCUGCAAUCACCAGCCGCUGUUCUUUAGCCGCACCCACGGCCUGGUUUCCAUUACGCCGGGCGAUUUCGACGGCACUGAGCUGCUGAACAUGAGCACCUGCAACACCCCCGAUCUGUUCGCCCCCGCAUCGUUCAGUGCCAGCUUCACUGUUCCCGACCAGUCCGCUCUAUCGGGCAGCACCAAUAAUCUGCACAUGUUCGAGCUAGAUCCCGAGGAUAUGUACAACGAACUGAGCGAUGAGGUUGGCCACCUGAAGGCGGCUUUCCUGUACCACCUGAAACGCAACAACACAAUGGUAAAGAGCAUUGUUGGUGAGCUGCUGCGCAGCGUAUUUGAACCCGAUCCCAGUGGAGCGCCCGUGGAUGCGCUUAAGCUGGAUAGGAUUGUCAUCACCAUUGCCGAAGACCUGGCCGAGGAUCUUCCCAUAUCGGAUCCGCGUUGGGAGGAGGUCAUGGGAGAUCAGGAAAUGCAUCAUCAUGCCCUUGGUAGCUCGCGUUCCAUGCAGAUUAAAAACCAACUGAGGGACAAGAUCAUUGCCUUCCAGCAUUUUAUAGCAUUUUUACAUUCCAGUGGCGUUUGGGAGAAGCUCAAUGCCAUUCCGUGUGGCAGCAACAUACUGAAGCCAACAAGCUUUAUACUGUCCGAUUUAAGUGAGAAGAUAGUAGCUGCCCUCGCCCUACGUACCCUGCAAAACAAAAUGCCCAGUCUGCUUGAGAAGGCCAUUGAUGCCACAGUCGCCGGAUGGGGGGAUAAGCCUCAGGGCAGCCUAACCAACCAGGAUAUAUUUUAUGUGAAGCUAAGCAAAUUUCAGAACGUGUUCGAGGCCCUCGCGGACAUUGCCGACGAACGGAUUGCCGGCCAAAGCCAGACCUCCUUGUUGGUGGCCCACUCCAUCAGCGACAUUAACUCCAUUGUCCUGGACACGCUCAGUGAGGUGCUCAGGUAUCGGGAGCAGCACGCCAAUAGCUUUAGGCUGCACAAUGACAAAUUGGCCUCCUACGAGAACCUGCCUUGGACGGCCAUGUCAGGCGUGGCCGGAGUCCGGGACACACUUACCCGCCUCAUUGACAUAAGUGUGUGCUAUUGCGGUCAUUGCGUCAGCGAGACUGACCUGAAGCAGCAGCUGUACCAACAGAUAUUCGAGCUGGUCGAUUUCGUGCUGGACGGGCGAAAGAAUUACCUGGAGAGCGUUCGCGACACGGAGAAGUUUAACGUCCUGCAGCAGCAGUUUGAGUCUCAGCGGCGCGAACUCAUUUCCUUACUGAUCAAGGAUGGCCAAUAUGAGUACGCCGCCAAGCUGGCAGAAAAGUAUCUAGACUUCCGCAGCCUGGUGCUAAUAUGUGAUGAGACCCAGGACAACGAUCGUUUGGACGAUUACACGCGCAAGUACGAGGAAUACAACUUCUCGCAAUUCGCCAUUAACUGGCAUCUGCGCCAGAAUCGCCAUGGAGAGGUCUUCGAUCGCUUCAAGAACAACCCAACGGCGCUGGCGCAGUUCAUGCGCGACCACCCGUCCUUGGGCUGGAUCCAGUUGAUAUUCAACGGCGACUUCGAGCGGGCGGCCAAGAUGCUGUACGAGCUGGCCCAAUGUGAGGUUGAGUUUGUGGCGCGGAAGAAGUCCAUGCUGUCGCUGGCCAAGCUGGCCGCCUUGGCGGCACCCGAUUCGGAUCUGACGGCCCAGGUGGAUAAGAUCGAUGUGGACUUGGACCUGAUCGAAUAUCAGGCGGAUUUGGGUCAAGAUGUAUUGCAGAACUUUGGCUUCGAUACCGCGGAUCAGAAGGUGCUCAAGGCAGAGGAGAUUAUCAACCUGAUUAUAGCCGAGGAAAAUGAUACUGCCACGGAGGUGGAGUUCCGCAAGGCCCUGGAACUUUUGACCUACGUGGAACACCCCUACGACAUGAAGCACAAAAUCUGGUGUGCUGCCAUUAAACGCGAUAACUGGACGGACUAUGAUGCUAACAACGGAGUGGACUACAUGCACAAGCUGCUCUUUUUCAAGAUCAUCGAAAUCUCGCAGCUGAUGGGCCAGGAGGCAGAGAGCUACCUGCCGCCCCUGGAGGACUUCUUGGAGAGCUCGGAGCUGGGUGAUCUGCCGCAGCAGAAACCGUUCCAAUAUCUGCUUAAGCUGACCUACGAGUAUGUGGCCGACAUGUUCAAGCAGUCCGAGGAUAGAGAACUUUAAUCACAUUGCCCGCAUUUGUCAAUUAUUAAAGCUUACGUUAAGAGUUCAA